GAAGAUUUGUGCGAUAGUUUAACUGUGAAGGUCGCUGAUGAGCCUGUCAUUCAGAAGAGUUUUAUCAGCAAGUCGUUAUUUUCUUCGUUCACAACAUACUGAGAGUGUUGUAGCUCACGAAAAAUUUAGUGAUGUUGAAAAUUAUCCUGGACACAUCACAACCAGUUCCUUACAAAAAUGUCUCCUGAGUCUUGGGAGCGGGAUUGGCUGUCUGAUUAACCCAAGAAGAGCUGAUCUGCUCAGCACAUUUGGAGAGACUAGUGGGGAACUCGCCUUGCGCCAAAUAUUCAAUAGAAUGCUGAAUCAUCCUGAUGGUUGUCGCAUAUUACGUGACCGACCAACUAUUCGUACUAACACAGUUGAUUUAGAUAGCCUUCGUAAGCUGCCUGAGGGUACGUUUGGGAAAGCGUAUACGAAGUUUCUGGAUAAAUAUGGUUAUUCACCUGAUGAAAGACACUAUGUUAAAUUUGUAGAUGACCAAGAUUUGGCUUACGUCAUGCUUCGGUACCGGGAAAUACAUGAUUUGGUUCAUACUUUGCUUGGUCAACCUACUGAUAUGCUUGGUGAAGUCGUUGUUAAAUGGGUUGAAGGCAUACAAACUCUUCUCCCUAUGUGUUUAACUGGUGGUUACUUUGGUUCUCUGCGUCUCGCACCCAAACAAACAGAGCGGUUCGUAAAAAGCCAUCUAGAUUACGCAAUUCAUACUGGCAGAGAAGCUCGUUUCCUAAUGUGUGUUUACUUUGAGGAACAUUGGGAAGAUAACUUGGAAGAUUUCAGGUCAUCCUUAAAUAUUCAGUCGCCGCCAACCCCCAGAAAACUGGAUUGAGAUGUGUUUCGAAGCACUUUCAAUUGUGACUUUGUAAAUAGUGUAGUUCGCUCUGUUUUUCGCCAAGCAACUUUUCAUUACAAAUGUCUUAGAAUUUUUAACUAACGUGAAGUAUAUGUUUGUAGUUAGUUUGCUUGGAAUUUGUGUUGCCACA